UAAGGCGGCGCGCGGGCUACCGCGCUCGCCUGGCAACUGCCCGCGCCGCUUGGCAGCCUUGCUUGUGCCGGGAGCAGAAUCAUCAAUAAAAAGAUGCCCCCCAACAUGUUUAUCUGUUGUGUGUGUUACCGCAAUAUGUCAAUUUAGUCGCAUAACGUAUGUGAAUGGACUCGCGAUUACGCGGCCCGUAGUGUCUUCCUUUGUAGUGUGAUUGACUCCAGUGCUGGUUGUUUUUGUGAGGUUGAUUCGCAGUAUUCGCGGAACUUCUGUAAAUAAGGUCUAUUACUAAAGCAAUAAUCUGCAAUCUCGAAACCCCGUAGUAAUAAAAUAUAUAUUAACGCUGUAAAAAGUGCUAAAAUAAAAUUAAAAACUAGCCGUAGUUUACGCAGUAUCUUCCAUAAUUAAAAGUAGAAAUAAACUGUACAAAAAUGUCCCCCGUCGCGAGAUUCGACGAUCGCAUUGGAGCUUGCAACUGCAACGUCGAGGGAACACGUGUCGGGGUUUAAAUUAAAAGAAAUGCCAAUAAAAUGCCGCAACGCGCUUCGUCAACGUCCAGCUUGAUGCGCCCGUUCGUGGUGUUGGCUUUGCCCGGAAUGUACUUGCUGUACAAGUAUAACCAAUACCGACAACAGCAAAUGGAGACCGCGCGGCGACGAGUCACCGAGCGCGAGCUUAUGCACCUCAACACUAAAAUCGAUAAAUUGCUCAAUAAAUUGGAAGAAAAUGAGCCUGAACUCGCUACAUCACCCGAGGAAGAAUGUGUAAUAUGCGUGAACGCGAAAGCGACGAUGCAAACGUCACCGUGCGGGCACCGCGUGGUGUGCCGGCGAUGCUUCGUGAAGACCAUCCAGAUGGCCGUUAGUCAGCGCUUGCUGCCGCUAAGAUGCGUCAUCUGCCGCGCCAAGAUACUGCGCCUGAGGCAGGCCCCACGCCUUGUCACCAGCAAGAGUUGGCAGGUGUCAAGUGGCAGCGGCAAGUCGUGGGGAGUGACAGGCUCCGUGUCCUCGUACUCAGUGGGCGCGCGCUCGGUGCCCGCCUCAGCAUCGCUUUACUCCGUCACUAGCGGUGAAUCUUCUCUUUCAGGGGUGUCUUCCGUAUCGUCCAACAGUGGCACUGUGAGCAACGCCGGGUGCUCCACCAAGCUGUGCGCAGGCGCCAAGUGUGGCGGAGUGUGUCUGGGCGCAGUGCCGAGGGUGCCCGCCGUCUCCGCCUCGCCCCGCCCGCGGCAGCCAGCGUCCAACACUCUGCGGCGGUCGCAGCAUUACAGCAUGAAGGCGCGACUGCAAGACUACCAAGUGCACAGCUACACCGGCGGCGUGGCCGGUGAACCCUCGGGUAGACUACCUCCUAUCCGGGAAUUUCAAAGAGAAUUCCGCGAGGGGCGACGCGAAAGCGCGGCCGCUGCGUCAGCCUCAACUAGAAUAAGGUGUGCACAAAAAAUCGUAACGCAGUUAGAAACAUCUCCGCAAAAGAAUAAACAACACUUUUUCCGACCCCUAAAACCCCCUAAUAAAGAUGAAACACCGCCUAAAUCAAGAGAUCAUAGCAAAGAGACUGAUAACAAAAAGGAUAACCCCAAAGCGAAACCCAAAAAAGAAGAAAAGAAAAAGAAAGAGCCCGACGAAAACGUUAAACCAGAAAAAAAUAAAAAAGAAGAGAAUAAUGAUAACAAAAAAAUUGAAAUCGCUGAAAAGAAAAAGGAGGAAAAGCUUAGACUUAAAGCUGAGAAAGAAGCCAAAAAAGAAGCAAAACUACAAGCGAAAGAAGAAGAGAGACAGGCUAAGCUCCUCGCUAAAGAAGAAGAAAAACAGGCGAAGCUAUUAGCGAAAGAGGAAAAAAAGAAAGCCAAAAAAGAGGCAAAACUAGUAGCGCUAGCCGAAAAAGAAAAAGCUAAGUAAUAAAUUAACAUACAUAAACCAUAAAUUUUUUACAUCUUCGAAACUUUUAGCCGUCUUUAGAUUUUAGAUUCGGAAAUCGAUAUUAUUCGAGACAAAGAUAAAAUUUUACAAAUACUGUAAAUUGUAAUGUAUUACGAUAUAAAAAAAAUUGUAACUAUUUAGCAUGAUUUAAUUUCUAUUUUUUUACUCCUUUUUGUUACCCUGCAUUAUUUUAUAAGACAAUAUAAAUUAAAUAGAUACGUUAGUAAUAGAUUUAGACGAGGAUUAUGUUAUCGAGUAGUGCAUUGACAAAAUUGCUAUCACAUUGUUAGUAAUAAUUUGGAAUGUUAAAAUUAAAAUAUAGAUUUUAAAACCGAAGGUUAUAAAAAGCAAUGUAAUUAAAUAGAUGUUGGGUCAUAGUUGGAAUUUAACAAACUGCGAAGACUGAACGACGGAGAUAAAGAAAUCAUAUCGUUUUGUAAUUUGUGUGUAACGCCGGCCACAGACGGUCAAGUUUACCGUCAAGUCAAGGGAAGUGGGCAGAGAAAAAAACAUCGAAAUAUCGUUAUAGAUAUGGUUUCAAUGUAUUUUUUUUAAGAUCCCACUAGCACUUCCCUACGCACGCUUCAGAUUUGGCGGUACUUGAUCGUGUGUGGAUGGCGUAACAGUCGUAGUUAAGAGCUUUGUGCAUGACUAUUGACUGUGUUGCCAAAUAAUUUAUUUACAGAUCUUAUUGUGAUCCUACCCAUCUUGAGUUCUAAAAUCCCAAGCAAUUAAUUACGGAAUAGAUUGUCAAGCGUUGUAAAAAACCUAUUAUUUAAUUUCAUGGCAAGCCUGGGGCUUGGCAAAUUGAGUUAAUAUCUAAGUCAUGAUUGUGAAACACGUUCAAGAAAUCAUCAAAUGGUUGUAAAAUCCAGUAGAGGCAGUUUUAACAUGGACAAAUAUGUGAAUAUUACUUGGGUUUUUAGAAUACCAUACAAGUAUGUCGUACUUAAUUUCAAUAAAAAAAAUAGAAAGCUAGGUAGUAUUAUUUUUAAUAAAUACGUAUUAAGGAUCUUAUUUAACGCUUACCAUAGUGAAUCCGUAACUGCUAGACUGGUGUGACCACACUUGGACGCUUUUAUAUUUAUCUAGAUCGACGAAUAUAUGUACAUUUAUGGCCUACAUUAAUAAGUAAUGCAAAGAGCAUUUAUUAUACUACCAAUUUCUACUAUACUACCAUACCAACUAUGUACUAUACUACCUUCCGUGGGUCAAUUAUGUCACAAUGAAAUCACGAUGUUAGAAAAUAUUUAGAAGCUUACGCCUUAACGCCAGACAUUAACUCGCUUAUGUACAGUUGUGGGCAGUGAUAAAAAUUAUCGAUAUCCUUUUCAAACAAAGAUGACAUUAAAAAAAAAAACUUAAGACGGUUCAUGGUCUGGACCCUUGAAACCUACUAUCUUCCAAAGCUACCACAGUCCAAACUCUAUAGGUAGGUACCUAAUUAGUUAUCGCACUAUAGCUUAUGGUAGGAUAAGCUGAAAGUUUGUCACCCUGAGGUAUUUCUAAAUGAGGUAUGCCUGGCUCUCGGUCCAUCACUGUUCACAUCCAUACACUUGAUCAUAAACUUGACCGUGAGACUUGCUGACAACUCAUUCAAGAAAUUCAACUUCUAUAUUGUAGUCCACAAUACGCGAAAAUAAGCCAUUUUUUUAACGACAAUAUUUCAGUUUCCAUAGUUCACAUUUUUAUCCGUACACAUGCCGAUGGGAAAUUUAUGUCACGACCCACUUUAGUCACACAUUUUCCUCCCUUGCAGUUUACGUGUGACGUAACCUGAGGGCCUAGUGGCAGUUUGAUACUGUGACGAUCACGUUAAAGUAAACGCGAAUUUCAAAGGAAUUGAAAUAGCGCCAUCUAGUGGUACUAUUGCGCAACUGUUUCAAUAUAAAUUCGCGUUUAAUUUAACGCGAUAGUAACAGUAUGAAAAUAUUGAACUCCCACUAGGUACAUAUACCAAAAGUUGUAUAUUAAGGCUUUAAAUAGGUCCCACAUAAACUUAACCUACCUAUUAUUUGAAUCAAAAUGCAUGGUUAAAUCUUGACCAAACGAAACUCACAUUUGUCCCUGUCCCUUACCCUUUACUUGUGAGGUAUUUUAGGAAUAGGAUAAGCCCCAUUCAAGCUAAAAUAGUUUUGAUUAAAAGGCAAGUUAAAAAUAACACCGUAUAAGUGUGGUCACACCUGAUUAUGUGACCAUUAAGAUGUAAAAAAAAACUGGGUAGUUAAAAUGACCAGUCCGUCUGUUCUCAAAUAAGUGUCACAAGGUAAUAUUUUAAAAUAUUAUUAUGUAGAAUCAUAUCAAGUCGAUUUAGCAUUACCUAGGUAAGUGUUGAGGUUUCUUUUAUAAGGUUUCCAUGUCGGAAUCUAUUGUCAAUCGUUAGAAGUUUCCUGUAAAAUAAAUAACAAUGUUACCUAA